AUGACGGACAGCUCAAGUACGCCACUCAAUCUUGGAGACAAGCCGCUAUAUGCAGAAUGGAAGGCCAGUCACGUUCCAACCUCAUCCAGGAAGCGGAAACGCCAAUGGAUAUACCAGCCCAGCGCACAGGAGUUCUAUCCUGCCUUGCCAUGGUACGCAUUGCAUCACGAGGAGAUCAACCUCCGUAUUGCAAAAAUGUGCGAUGAGCUUGUUAUGCCUCUCCGAUAUCUAUCUACAGAUGAUCCAGCAAUUGUUGGUCUCUGUAGCGCUGCAGACGCCGCAAAGAAGAUUCCGGAUCUGACGCAGGUCAAGUUAGCUGUACCUGGAGAACAAGGUAUCGGCAAGAGCUCACUACUCAAUGCCAUUCUCCAUCGUAAACUUCUUGAUACGUCUGGAUCCUCAACUGCAUGUACCUCGUUUGCCACGAUUAUCGUCUACAAACCAGGCGCCCAAGACGACGCCCAAUCGAGCGACAUCAUUAUCGAGGUUUUCAACGAAAACGAGAUCAUCGGACGUAUCCGAGAGCAGAUCGAGCUCUGGGCUAACGUACAUCCUGGUACCGUUAUCAAGAACCAGGACGUCAAUGACGAGGAUGAGGAUAGUUCCUCAGAUGAAGAAGAAGACACGGUCAGGAUUGGAUUGAAGGAUGGCAAGAAUCAGAAGAAGGUAUCCGCGAGCUUGAGACGUGGUGCAUCGACUGCAAAAGAAUUCUUUUGCGUAAUUUUCAACACUUCAAAUGACAAAAACGCUCAGAGCAAGUUGGAUGAACUCUUGCACGACACAGACAUUCGAACCGGAAACUUUUUCCAGCUUUGUGUCGAGAAGACCAAAGAACGCCUCGAACAGGUUGACAAGCAGAUCGGACUGCAAAACGAAGUCUCCAAGCAUUCGAACAUCUCUGACAGGGAUCUUGUAAAGACGCGCAACAUAGCGAAGGAACUAUGGCCAUUCAUCAAAGUUGUCACUAUUUCAACCGGCCAUGUUCUCUUACGGAAUGGGCUGUGUUUCAUUGAUCUGCCUGGUUAUGGAGACUCGAGUCAGCUUCGGGACACGGUGAUCAACGAUUACCGAUGGAAGGCUGACUUCGAGAUGGUUGUAACACCGAUUUCUCGAAUUAGAUCUAGUUUGGUACAUGAACGAUACCUUGCUCGAUCCAUACACAUAAAAGGCGCAGAGAAGACAAUCCUCGUCAUGAACAAGAGCGAUCUACUUCUCUGCAACGAGGAUGAGAUGAGGAUGCAGAUUGACUCGAUCAACGAAGCCCCUUUCCCAGCUCUGAGCAGGUGUUUGGCCGAUGCAGAUGCGAUUGAGGAAGACAUCGAUGAAGAUUUCGAGGAUCCUGAGCUUAAGAACUACGUCGAGGAGGUUCUCAGAGACGCGAGCGCAGCCUACGUCAAACGCGAAACAGAGAUUGUCAAAGACCAGAUGGACGAAAAAGGUGUCAAGAUCCUCACCGCGUCGGCAUUUUCCUACGAACCCUGGAACAACCCUCGUCGUCGUCAAGAUCCGAGACUUGACCCCGAAGCAUCUGGCAUCCCAGCUAUACGACGCUUGUUGUUUAGCUUGCCGGCAGAAUCAAACCUUCUGAUCUACCGAAACCUCGUCUUUGUGGUGCUGCCAGCUCUACGGGAUCAAGCUGGACGUGUCCUUGAAAAACAUAUCGAGGACAAGAGCUACGCAGAUAUGCGCAAGGCCCUAAAGGAGCAGAUCCCGAUACUUAAAAGAGACUUGGAGCGCUUUGUGGCAACUCAGUUGCGCGAUUGUAUAGUUCAGCCCUGGACCUGGGUCGAAAAGGAAGAUAUCGACGGUGGUAUUCAGAAUCUGGCCCGACAGGAAUGGGUAAGCCCUGUCAUAUACUAUGGAGGGUUCACCAAGAUACUGAGAGAGAACGGCAUCCCUAUCAACGGGAAAUAUCUAGGACGAAAUCUGAAUCAAGACCUCCUUCGCCCCUUGGAGAAAUACAUCAACCAAUGGCACAAGACGAUGUUGGCACGCGCUGAGCAGCUGGGAGAAGGUCUCGACAAGCUUGUGGGUCGUCUCGGAAAAGAGGUCAAAUCAUGUAUUGACAAAUCUUCCGCGGCCCCGGCUCUGAAGCAGAGGGCGAUGGAAGCCCUGACCAAUAUGUCUGAACGCAUCGAUGUUGCCUACCGCCACCUGCUGGAAGCUCUCAACACCAGUCUUCGGAAUACUCAUCUACGCUUCACAACCGAGAUCGACAUCCAUUGUCCAAUCGCCCGAGAGAUGAAGCAAGUCUAUGAAGCCGCUUUGCGUGUUCGGGCUGGGAAGGGCGUAUAUGACCGGCUACGCGAAGCAAUCCUAGGAUGGAUUGUCACUCCCGUCUCACGUAAGCCUGGCGUACUGGAGGUGGACAUCUCACUUGCCAAGAUGAUUGGAGAGAAGAUCAUGGUCCAGCAGACCGAAGUCUGGAAGACUGACUGCGACACUUUCAUCACGGAUGCCAUAACUCAUCUCAACGAGUUCUUGCGGAUCACGGAAGAACUCCUCAUGAACUCCGCGUACGAGACGGCAGAGCAUAAGAAGAUGCGUGAGGAACUGAGGGGUCGGCUUGCUGUUUUCAGUAGGCGUCUUGAAGAGAUCCAAGUCCAGUUCACUGGUACGGAUCCUCAGCCACCGAACAAGAGGUUGAAGUUUGAGCAUGCCGGAAACUAA